AUGGCGUCGUUUUUCCCUCUCAUCUCCGAGAUCUUGCCCAUGAUCAUGCCCGCCGCCACGCAUGUGACGCGGGCUGGGGAUCUGGAGCCCAAGUGUCCUACUGUUGAGGGUCCCGUUACUGUCAGGGCUGCCAUUGUGGACAAGUGCGAUAGAAUGUCUGCUACAGUUCUCACGGUUCGACCGCAGUCCGAAACUCCUGUCCACCACAACAGCGAACAAGCUAAGAUCGGUGCCGCCGUUGGCUCGCCGUCCUGGACUCCUGGGCAUGUCGGCAUAGGCCAAGUUUCCAUUACUAACAUGAAAUUGCACACGCCUGCAGAUGCAAUCAUGUACACUGUCUCGGGGACGGGUCGUCUGACAGUGAAUGAGGGCUUUGAGUCGGAGCUGAGGAUACAUGACUUGGGCGCUGGAGACUUUGCUUUCAUCCCUGCCUGGACCGAGCAUCAGGUUGUGAACGGGAGCCAUGUAGUAGAUCUUGUGUGUGUCGUCAUACAUGGCGGGCCGCGUCCAGUUGGUGCUACUUUGGACGGUUGGGGAGGCGACGAAACCACACCGGGCAAAUAA